AUGAGCACCACUGUUUCCACCACAGCCUCUACUACCUCCUCUCCAACAUCCUCCCCACCAAAUAGUCCGACACUACCACCUUUACCAAGUGUCCCAAAGUAUCAAUUUGCUCUCUUGACCUUCAUUGAUACGAACAAAAAUGGUGUGAACGACCCCGGAGAGCCACGAUUGGGAGGUCUUAAUGGUGCAUUGUAUAGAAAGGCAGAGUUCCUCCCACUCAAAAAGAGAUCGAUAACCAAUGGUAUUUCAAAGGCUGUAGUUGCUGGACCCUUUGAGUCUUUCAUCUUCGAUGCUACCAAGACCUACUUGUCUCCACUUUUGCUCGAGGGCGAGUACUGUGUACUUCUGAAGGACCCAAUGAACAACUUUAAGAUCGGACCCAAGGGUACAUCUUCCCAAUUUGAGGAGGAUGGUCACUUAUGCUUCAUGCUCAACGAUACGACCACCAACGAUAAGUUCCAGUUGUCGAUUCAUGGAGGCUGCAUACCUGUGGACGAGGCCCACCCUGUUACCUUCACCAUCCACGGCUACUCUUGGAUCGACACCGACUCAAAUGGCGAGAACAACCCUGGAGAGCAAUUAUUGGGUGGCAUGGAAGUAGAGUUGACUGACAUAUUCGGAAAAGUGGUGGGAACGGCCUCCACAGAUGAAACAAAGAUGCUUGAGGGCUUCCUAUUCCCCUCUCUAACACCCAACGGCUACUGUCUCAAGAUCACCGAUCCCAAGGGCGUAUACUCCACAAGCCCCUUAGGCAAAUCACACAAAUUCAACUCCACCGACCAGUACUGUUUCUCAUUGGACGCCACCACUGUUGAUGCCUUCGGAAAGUUGCUGGUUCCAAUUGGUAAGACAAACAACGCUCCAUCAUCAACAUCCAGCAUUGCAUCAACGACUGUUCCAGUCUCCACAGCUCCAGCUACCACUGCUCCUGUCUCAACUGUCACAGCAUCAAUCGCACAGACUAUUGCCGCGACAGGCAUCACAACAUCACAGCCCACUUCAAUCGCGAGUACCAUCGUUACCUCAACUGGAAUCACCAUCGCCACCGCCACCACUGCUACCACUGCCACGACAACCACACCAACUCCGGCUACAGCUUCUACCAUCAUCGCUACAGUUAGUGCUGCCACUACCUCAACACCAUUGACAACCUCAAGCGCUGGAACAGUCACCGGAAUCACCACUUCGCAGCCAACUACCAUUGCUGCUACAGUGGCGACCACUGCUGUGACCACCUCGCUCCCAACAUCGGCAACAGCAUCAAUUGCCCAGACUGUGGCCGCGACAGGCAUCACUACAACUGUUCCAGCAACCACUGCUCCAGCCACCACUGCUCCAGCCACCACUGCUCCAGCCACCACUGCUCCAGCUACAACUGCUCCAGCCACCACUGCUCCAGCAACAACUGCUCCAGCUACCACUGCUCCAGCAACCACUGCUCCAGCCACCACUGCUCCAGCCACAACUGCUCCAGCAACAACUGCUCCAGCUACAACUGCUCCAGCUACAACUGCUCCAGCUACCACUGCUCCAGCUACAACUGCUCCAGCUACAACUGCUCCAGCAACAACUGCUCCAGCUACAACUGCAACAACUGCUCCAGCUACAACUGCUCCAGCUACCACUGCUCCAGCUACAACUGCUCCAGCUACAACUGCCACAACUGCUCCAGCUACCACUGCUCCAGCAACAACUGCUCCAGCUACAACUGCAACAACUGCUCCAGCCACAACUGCUCCAGCAACAACUGCCACAACUGCUCCAGCAACAACUGCUCCAGCCACCACUGCUCCAGCAACAACUGCUCCAGCAACAACUUCUCCAGCUACCACUGCUCCAGCUACCACUGCUCCAGCAACAACUGCUCCAGCCACAACUGCUCCAGCCACCACUGCUCCAGCUACCACUGCUCCAGUCACAACUGCUCCAGCCACAACUGCCACAACUGCUCCAGCCACCACUGCUCCAGCUACAACUGCUCCAGCUACAACUGCUCCAGCCACAACUGCUCCAGCUACAACUGCUUCAGCAACAACUGCUCCAGCUACAACUGCCACAACUGCUCCAGCUACAACUGCUUCGGCAACAACUGCUCCAGCUACCACUGCUCCAGCUACAACUGCCACAACUGCUCCAGCUACAACAGCUCCAGCUACCACUGCUCCAGCCACCACUGCUCCAGCCACAACUGCUCCAGCUACCACUGCUCCAGCAACAACUGCUCCAGCCACAACUGCUCCAGCCACAACUGCUCCAGCUACCACUGCUCCAGCCACAACUGCUCCAGCAACAACUGGUCCAGCAACCACUGCUCCAGCAACAACUGCUACCACCACCGCCACCCCAGCCACUACCUCAACUACUAUCCCAUUGCCAAGAUUCAAUGUUGAGGUCUUCAUCGACCGCAACCAUAAUGGUGCCAAGGACGCUGGUGAACAGCCCGCUUCGGACUUUAUUGGCAACAUCACCAUGAAGGAUGGCACCCUCGUUCAAUCAAUCGAUUUGAAGAAUAUCGAUGGAUCAUGGAGCACCAGCCUAGCGCCUGGCGACUACUGUGUGACACUCGAGCAUUCGACCAAUGUCGGGAAGACUGGACCAGUUGGCGAUGACAACAAGUUCGUGAAUGGCAAAUACUGCUUCACUCAAGGAGCCGCUGGUACCGAUAUCAAGUAUGGUGUCAUUGGCAAGGCAAAGGUGGAGGUUGAGAUCUUCAUUGACCGCAACCAUAAUGGUGCCAAGGAUGCUGGUGAGCUACCCGCCUGGGGCUUUGUCGGCAACAUUACAAAGAAUGAUGGUACCCUCGUUCAAACGAUAGAUUUGACCAGCAACACUGGCAUUUGGAGCACCAACCUCGAACCAGGYGACUACUGCAUGACCCUCGCUCAUACCUUCAAUGGGUGGCAUACCGGACCAGUUGGCACUGACAACAAGUUCGUCGAUAACAAGUACUGCUUCACUCACAGUUUUUCCGAUACCAAGAUCUGGUAUGGUACUGUGUAA